AAGAAUGGGAAAAGAAAGGAGACGGCAUUUAUUUAGCAGAAAACCUGGUGCCUGAUAGCUUUGACAAGUCAGCAAACGGACGCAUCUGCUGCAGAAAAAAGUGCCAAGUGGCCAGAAAGCGCCGGCGUUGUGUUGUUUCUCAACUGCGUUCAUCCUCACAUCCGGCUUAUUCUCCUCUUGAUGACCAUGACUCAUCAAUUCUCUGCCUCCUAAUCUCUGGGUGUCGUCAUCCUCAGGGGCCACCGGCGCUGACCUCAUGGCGGCCUGAUGUUCUCGUGGUAACCCGCCGCGCGGGCGCGCGGGCGCCACAUGUUCAGUCGGUUUUCUCUGGACACACGCAGAGAAAGAAAGGCUAAAAAAUAAAAACCAGUGCGCAGCUCCAGAGUCCGCUGCUUCCAUCAGCUUCAGAUGGCUUAGCAGAUCCAUAAUCUGUCUUCAGGGUGACAUCACCGCCUCUCGUCAGCCUCUCAUCGGAGGGGAGGAAGACGAGGCGAGGACUCUUCUUCUGUCAGAGCCAUGGAGGAGGCCGAGGCACACAUGGAGGAGCAGGUGGACCAGGGUCUGGGGAUGGAGGAGGGGGCCCACGGCUUCCCGGAGAGACCCUCGCCCAAGGAGAGCUUCAACAGCGACUCCCUGCUGGCGCCGGACACCGACUUCAUGACAGACGACCGCAGCUCCGCCGCCAGCGGCCUGGACGUGGUCGACCGCCUCACCUACCUGGAGCAGAGGAUGCAGAUGCAGGAAGAUGAGAUCCAGCUGCUGAAGAUGGCUCUGGCCGACGUCCUGAAGAGGCUCAACAUCUCUGAGGAGCAUCAGGCUGCAGGCAGGAGAGCAGCGGGGCUCAGAGCCAGACCCGUGUCUUUAGCUCUGCCCUCCAGACCCCCCAUGGUGGCCUCCCCGCUGAAGAAGUGCCCCACGAUGCCCUCCUGCUCCACCGCCAGGAGUUUCAGUCCAACGCCGCCACGAAGUGGUGUGAAGACUCCACCAGGAAGUGUGAAGGACGGUCAGUGUAAGACUAAAGCUCGGCCCGCCUCCGCAGCCUCCAAGAAAACUCCAGAAGUAAGGUGGAAGGAGCCUGCAGAGAGCGUGGGUAAGAGCGCCCCCUUCUGUUCCCGACUGCAAACAGCAGGAACGAGGCGCGUGACUCACUGCAAAGUGACUAUGCAGAUCUAUCUGAGCCCCCUCGCAAGAAAGACUGGGUUUUCUGAGGCCGCCGCUUCUGCCGCUGCAAAGGCCGACAGGGGGCCCACGCCCGGACACCCCCAGGCCAGGACGCCCCAGCCAGAAGAACGCAAGACCCCGACCCCGUGCUUCACCCUGAACCUCCAGAAAACCAGCCAGAGCUCAACGCAGGACUUAAGCAGCUACAAGAGCCCCACCAAGUCCCCCAGCCAGUACUUCCAGAUCUGCUACUGAGACUUUAGACCCGAUUGAAAUGUUGUGAUUGCUGUGAAAUAGUUUGAAAAGAAGCUUUUGAUGGAUUUUUAACUUCUCAGUGUAGUCGUAGCUCCUUUAGUUUCUCUAAAUUGGAAUGAUUUCAGGAAGAAAAACGCAUCACUUUGGUUUGGAUGUUUCAGAUUUCUCUUCAGCAAACAAUGUUGUUUUUAAUUUGAAUAAAACAGUAAAGCUCUAAAUAAAAGGGAACUGUGUGUGUGA